CAAAAAUCACACCUUCCAAUAUUAAGGAAAUGAUCUCAUCUGUUCUUGUAUUCGUAAUUUUAGCAGCUGCCUCUACAAGAAACAACAAAGAUGUAAGCUUUGAAAACUGGAGUAGUUACAAGCCUGGUGACAGGAUCUUCUAUUUUCCCGGGGAUGAUGGUAAAAUACACAAAAUUGAUUCCUGGAAACAAUUAGAUAGAGAUUUUAUCACAGUAACACCCCCAUCUGCACGAAACAACAAACAUGUAAGGUUUGAAAACUGGAAGGGUUACAAGAAUGGUGACAGGAUCUUCUAUUUUCCCGGGGACAAUGGUAAAAUAUACAAAAUCGAUUCCUGGGAACUAAUCGAUAGAGAUGCAAUACGCAACUACACUAGCUGGCCAGUCAAUAACGAGUAUUGGUUGUACUCAAGGUCGAAUGCAAAGGAAAAACAGAUUCUGAUAAUGGGGAAUAAAUCGAGUGUCAAAAAUUCAAAUUUCGACCAGAACAAACCUACCGUCUUCACAGCUCACGGAUGGCUAGGUGACGGUAACACUGAAAUAAAUAAACUUCUUACUAAAGUGUUCCUUAAAGACGCUGAUGUUAACGUCAUAGUCCUUGAUUGGAGUGGACUGUCCAAGAUGGGAUAUGUGACAGCAAAGGAGUCAGUCCCGAAGGUGGGCCGAAUGUACGGGCAGUUCAUUUACUGGCUACAUCAAGACUUUCACAUGUCCUUGCAGAAUAUCCACCUAGUGGGCCAUAGUCUGGGUGGCCACUUGGUUAGCAGCGCGGGGAGAGAGCUUAGUGGGGCUGCACGGAGAAUAACAGCCCUCGACCCAGCUGGUCCUCUAUGGUAUUAUGAUAAGCGUCGUCUAUCCAGAAGAGACGCAUACUACGUCGAGGUCAUCCACACGAACGCCUACAUGGCCGGCUACCACAAACCUUGUGGCCACUCCGACCACUACCCUAACGGAGGCUCGUUCAUGGCCGGCUGUCAUGUUUUGGACUUGAUUUGUCAUCAUUCCAGAUCCUGGAAAUAUAUGGCGGCCAGUGUUGAGCACAAUAAGUUUCUAGCUAAUAGAUGUUCAAAUGUAUGGGAAGCGUUUCACAAUCGGUGUUCUGGGACUGGAGAGCUGAUGGGCAAUAGUUUUAUCACAAAGAAACAAUCUGGACUUUAUAGAAUAAACACACUUGCAGAUUAUCCUUACAUCGACACAAAGUUUGUUGAGAGAGAGGAUAUGUGGAGGAUAUAUUAG